AUGACAUCUGCAACUCAGUAUCUUAUACUAGCUGGGAAAAGUCUCACCAACCCAGCCACACAUCACCGUCAACCUGCCACCAGCCACCCCCUCCGUGAUCAAUACAUCAAUACAUGGUGGUGGGAUUUGAACCCACGACCACAAGUUGUUGUUGUCUCAGCAGAGGCUCUCAUUUCCACGCCAUCACCGCACAAUUGGAGGCAGCUUCGAAUUCGCAACGGAGAAUUGACGGGGCUAGGAGCUACCUCGACAGGCAGAUUGGGAGAAAUAACAUUGGGAUCCCGGGUUAUUUAUAACCGCCCAAGCCCGAACUUGGGAGAUGGAGAUGGGGGGGAAGAGAGGGAUGAACGACCAUGGGCCUGGAAGCGCAAGAAUCGAGUCGAAGCCGGGCGAGACCUUUGGUUGUUGCACCUAACAACCAACAACUGCUUGGGGCGUAUGGGGCUAGCCGUUGCCCCGGCCGUUCGCCCCGGCCGUCGCCCCGGCCGUCACCCCGCCGCAAAUGAUGGCACACGAGCGUGCCUAAUUGGAUGA